UUACCACCGUCUCCAUUGCCGUCACCCCCACCACCCUAUGUCUACAAGUCGCCAAGUCGCCGCUACCUCCUUCACCAUCCCCUCCACCACCUUACAUUUACAAGUCUCCUCCUCCACUGUUGCCAUCACCUCCCCCACCUUAUAUUUAUAAAUCUCCACCUCCCCCACCUCCCCCACCUCCUCCUCCAUAUGUCUACAAGUCACCACCACCUCCAUCACCACCACCUCCUCCUCCAUAUGUCUACAUGUCUCCACCACCUCCCUCCUCAUCUCCUCCACCUCCUUAUAUUUACAAAUCAUCACCACCACCACCACCAUAUCCACCACCUCCGUCUCCAUAUGUUUACAAGUCACCUCCACCUCCAUCACCAUCACCUCCUCCUCCGUAUAUCUACAAGUCUCCACCACCGCCUUCACCAUCUCCUCCACCUCCCUAUGUUUAUAAAUAUCCACCACCACCAUCUUCAUUACCUCCGCCUCGAUAUGUUUACAAGUCUCCUCCCCCUCCAUCACCAUCACCUCCUCCAUAUGUUUAUAAGUCUCCGCCACCACCUUCACCAUCUCCUCCACCUCCCUAUGUUUAUAAAUCUCCACCACCACCAUCUCCAUCACCUCCUCCUCCAUAUGUCGACAAAUCACCUCCACCUCCAUCACCAUCACCAUCACCAUCACCAUCACCAUCACCAUCACCUUCUCCUCCAUAUCUCUGCAAGUCUCCACCACCGUCCUCACCGUCCCCUCCACCUCCUUACAUUUACAAAUCACCACCACCACCAUCUCCAUCGCCUCCUCCUCCCUAUAUCUAUAAGUCUCCACCACCACCCUCACCAUCUCCUCCACCUCCUUACAUUUACAAAUCCCCACCACCACCAUCUCCAUCACCUCCGCCUCCAUAUGUUUACAAGUCGCCUCCACCGCCUUCACCAUCACCUCUUCCUCCGUAUGUCUACAAGUCUCCACCACCGCCUUCAUCAUCUCCUCCAGCUUCCUAAGUUUAUAA